AUGGGAACAUCAAGCUUUACGCAAACUGACAAUCUAUAUAAUUAUCAACAAAUAGAGCCCGUUCUUGAUUCUGCAUCUUAUAUCUUAGGUAAACAUAAAACAGCUGCUGUCAAGACCAAUUUGAAUCAGCUAAAUAAUAGUUCUAAACAUCAUAAACCAACUGUUGUUGAGACUCAUUCGAAUCAAUUUAAUAAUAAUACUGAACAACAUAAAACAGUUGCUGUCAAGGCCAAUUCGAAUCAGCUAAAUAAUAAUUCUGAACAUCAUAAACCACGAAUUAUUAAUGGUUUUAAACUACCAUGGAGCCCAUUAUUGACAUCGAAUUCGCAACGAUUAGCACCAGUCUUGCAAAAGCCUCCUAUUGUUCAUAACCGACCAGUCUCACCCGAACAACCGAUACUUGAUUCAGAUUCUUCACACAGUAUGUCAACUCAAAAUAAAUAUAAAUGUGAUCAAUGUGGAAUAGUCUUUGCAUCUAAUGAUGCUUUAUAUAAGCAUAAGGCAAGAUUUUGUAUUGGUGUUAAAGAUUCUGGCAUUGGGCGAGAACCCAUUUAUUCAGAUGAUGAGGACAUCGAGGGUGAUAGUGCUAAUUAUGCCAGUAAUGGUUUUACUAAAAAGGGGCCUGCAAAAAAAGUUAUACAACAUCAAUCACCACGAAAGAAGAAACAACAAGAAGUCAAUGAAUGGAAAUUACUACGUUCGAUACGUGAAACCAACGACGACGUCGAAGAUCCAGUAUCGAUUUAUACUCAAAAAUUUAUGAAUAAUAUAAAAACACAAGAUGAAAUUUAUAAUGAAAUUCUUGCCGACUACGAACGAUUACAAAGAAAACAAAAAGACGUUAUACGUCAAAUGUAUGAUUUACAAGUCGAAUCUGAAUUCGUACAAGAUCGUAAUAUUACUCUCAAGCAAACGAAUACAUCAACGGAUAAUCGAAGCGGCCAAUUUGAAGAAUUACACAGAAGAAAUAAUCGUCUUGGAGACGAACGCCGACUUAUUCAAGAAAAACUUGAAGACUUAAUAUCAAAUAAUUAUCAGCCAACAAAAAUGUCAGGCUAUGACCCAUAUAGACUUUUACGUGACAUGAAGGAGCAACAAGAGCUCAAUGAAAAAGCUUUAGAUUUUCUACGAGAGCGUCUUAUCUAUGCGUCUGGCGUACACGAUACGGCAUCUGCACCAUAUGCUAACAAUCGACUGCGACGUGCAGUUGUUGAAAAUGUCAGAAACUCACGCAAUGAAUAUUUGAAUUCUGGUGGUCAUGAUGCUGCUGUUAUAGCUCGAUAUAGUGAUCUUGAAUAUAAACUAAAUUUAUAUAAAGAAUAUCCAUCGGACAAAGAUUAUCCUGAACCAUUAAAACCAGCUAAAUAUCAAUAUGAACCUCGUAUUGACCCAUUAACUGAAGGAUUAAAAUCAGUCAAUGAAGAAAGUGAACGACUACACAAUGAACUGAAAGAAAUGCAUCGAAAAUUUGAUACACUUAGUUCACGUACAAAACAAUUGGAACUAUCGUUAGCAGCAAGUAAAGCGACAGAUCCAAUCGAUCAAUAUGACCCUUAUGCAUCGUCCACAAAGUAUUUUUCAUAUCAAUCAGCUUCAGCUGCUCGUGACAACAAUAAUGAUAAAUAUAAUCAGCCCAAAGAUAACCAACAAAAGGCAUUAUCUACUUUCGAUAAACAUGUUACAUCUCGUUCAAGUCCAGCUCUGAGUCUUUUAGCCGCAAAUAUGAAUCCAUUACGUAAUUCGCUUGGUCCUCAAGCCUAUGAUCCAUCCAUGGGUUUCGUUAUAUUCUUUGAUUUUAUUCUUUGUCUUCCGUCAAAAAUCGAAAUAUGUACUCUAAUAGCAUCUAUUCAUCACCCAAAAUCUGGUCUCGGUGUACCAUCACCAUUACCGCCACUAAGUUGUGAAGACUAUCUUGAUGAUAAAACUAGCGAACGUUUUCGUGUUGCUAUAGUUGCUACAAAACAACCUAUACCAAGUUGCCCACCACAACAAGCAUUAACUAUUGUCAUCGAAGUACAAACAUCAAUGAACAAAAAAGCAUCAGUCGACGAACUAGAGACAAAUGCGUGGACAAAGUUUGCAUUAUUUGAUAGUAAAAAUCGUCUAUCGAGUGGCCGAUGGAAAGUACCGCUGAAACGAUUGCCCGUUAGUUAUCAUGAACAUCUUGGUGUUAUCAGAAACCUUGCAACAUAUGAACGUGCUGAAUUAUAUUAUCGAUUAGUUAAUUCACAAGAUGCAGACGAACAAUCAGGCGCACCUAUAUCACCUAAAUUUCGAGAAUAUUAUACGUAUCCCUUACAAUAUCGAAAUUGA